GGAGAGGGGAGAUCUUCACCUGACCAGUCUGGCUGGCUGCAGUGUUGACAAGAUGUUGUAGGUUUGAUUUCCCUGCCUGUUACCAGAGGUGGGUAAAUAGGACAAUGGGGACACAGCUCUGCCAAAGCCCAGAACAAGGUGGCCUUGUGGGGAAUGACAAGCGAGUCAGAUUUAAGGCCCCAUUGUCACAUUCCAGGGUCAACCUCUACCCACCUAAUCGGGCUGGCAGGGAACAUGUUUGCAUACCAGGGCAUAAUCUUUGUCUUCCAGAAUCGGCCAGCCAUGUCCGACGCAGAAUUUGGACGGAUGUCUUUCAAAGAGCCUGAGGUGGAGACUAAACGUGGCCCAGCCCAGCCCCACUGGUACGAGCGCUACCUGCAGCCUUGCAUCGGGGAGCUGGUGGGCUCGGCCUUCUUCAUCUACAUUGGCUGCGUUUCGGUCAUCGAGAACUCAGAUGGCACCGGGAGGCUGCAGCCGGCCUUGGCUCAUGGGUUGGCGCUGGGACUGACCAUUGCCAUCUUGGGGAACAUCAGUGGAGGCCACUACAACCCGGCCGUUUCCCUGGGGGCCUGGCUCGUUGGUGGGCUGAACAUGGUGAUGGUCAUUCCAUACUGGAUCUCCCAGCUGUGCGGGGGAAUGAUUGGAGCUGGCCUGGCUAAGGUGACCACUGUGUGGGAGAGGUAUGAAAAUGCCACAGGAGGAGCUUUCACGGCCAUCACCUCGGAUCCCCAGCUCCCAGCUGCUGUGGUGGGGGAGAUUGUGAUGACCAUGUUGCUGGUGAUGGCUGUCUGCAUGGGGGCCAUUAAUGAAAAGACCAAGAGUCCACUGGCACCUUUCUGCAUUGGCCUCACUGUCACUGUGGACAUCCUGGCUGGGGGAGCCGUUUCUGGAGCCUGCAUGAAUCCGGCCAGAGCGUUUGGCCCUGCAGUGGCUGCCAACCACUGGGAUUACCACUGGGUGUACUGGGUGGGCCCCAUGGGGGCUGCGCUUCUGGUGGGCGCAUUGAUAAGGGUCCUGCUCGGGGACAGCAAGACGCGCUUCUUCCUCAAGUGAGCCGCCGCCCGGCGAGGAGCAUCGCCUCCCGUUCCCCGCGCCACCCCAGGCAGCCGCAGCCAACCUCGCCCGGGGAAGAGACUUUAGGCGAUUCUGCCUCCCCCCCCCCGUUUUUUUUUAUUUUUAUUUUUUGGGGAAACGACGCCUCGCAGAAGAAAGACAAAGGCGGAGAAGCGGCGGCCCCGGCAGAUCCCCGGACCGAAGCGGGGAAGCCGGAGGAGCGUCGGGCGAAGCGGCCCUGGGCAGCCCCGGCUCGAGCAGCGGCCCAGCAACCCAGGCCCCGGCGAUUGCAAGGCGCUCGCCCGGCACUUCGGCAGCUCCGUCCGGAGCGAGGAAGCCGCUCCUCGGCUCGGCAUCUCCGGCGGCGGCGCUCCGCGGAGGGACCCGCCGGCCACGCCGCCUCCGCGCAGCCCCGCAGCCAUCGGGCGGCAAACGGGCGCAGCGGCGCUUCGUCCCACCGGAUUCCCGCCUGCGAAGGGGUCGCAGCUCUCUCGCGGCGAUGCUGGGGGCUCUCGGGGCUUCCCAGGCCCAGAGAGCGGCUAUUCCCACCCUCCCCAUCGCCCCGAAGCCCCUCCCCGCAUCGCCCUCCGCCCUCGAGCGGGGCUGCCCGCGGGCGCCCCCCCAGCCCUCCCGCCGGUUUUGGCCGCAAAUGUCCCCCCCCCAACCCCCGCGCUGGUCCCGGGCCUUGCAGGGACAUCCUCCCAGCCGCUUUCCGGGCCCGCAACCUCCCCUCCCCCAAUUCCCGGGACGGGGCGCCCCGAGAGCGACCUUUCCCCGUCGUCCUUCAAGACGCGCUGCGCGGCGGGGUGGGCUUCGACGGGCAAUCGCCCUGCCCGAAGGAGCCCGCGUUGCGCUGCGCUGCGCUGCGCUUUGCCCUGCGGGAUCGGGAGAAGCCUGGAUCCCGAUUGGCACGCAGCCCUUGGGGGGAGGGGUCUUUCGGUUUGCGGCCGGUUAAGGGGGCUGCCCUGCUGGGUCUUUUCCUGCCCGCCUCGCCCAGCACUGAGCCCGGCGGCUGCUUUGCAAGACCUGAACGCGGAACUGAAGACAGACAACG